AUGCUGAUCGCGUUCUUUGACCAGAAGGGUGAGGUCCAUCAUGAGUUUGGGCCUCAGGAUCAAACAGUCAACCGGCACUUCUACCAGCAGGUCCUCGAUCUCCUCCAUGACUGGGUACAAGGCAGCAGGCUGAAGACUGUGCUCAAAGGAAGUAAUUUUGCCACUGUAGGAGAGAUCAAGGCCACUGUGAUGAGGGAGCUGAGAGACCUGAAGGAGCAGGACUUUGCUGAGUGCUUCCAUGGGGACAGAAGAGAAAAGAAGCAAGAUUGGAAGGAAGAUGUGCUGGAGUGUCUGGAGAGGGCUGAGGAUCUUCUGCAGAAACUGGAUGCUCAUGCAAAUUACAUCCAAAAAUGCCAAUCUUCCCUGAAGUCUUUCCUCAAAGAGAAAACAGAGAAUUUGUUUCAGGGCCCAGCGGAUGUUGGAUCAUCAACUCCUUUAGACAAGAUCUAUACGGAGCUCUACAUCACCAAAGGAGGCAGUGGGGAGGUCAACACUGAACAUGAAGUGACUGAAUUAGAGUGCAGAAGGUGUCAGAGUGAGGAGACAAAAAUUAACCUCAAUGACAUUUUCAAACCUUUAUCGAAUGAAGACAACCCACCUCGGAGAGUUCUGACCAAGGGAAUAGCUGGGAUCGGAAAAACAGUCUCUGUUCUGAAGUUCACUCGGGACUGGGCGAGAGGGGACACCAACCAAACCUUUGAGUUUUUAUUUCCAAUCACAUUUAGAGAGCUGAACUUAAUCAAAGAUAAGAGAUUGAGUCUCAUGGAGUUGAUCACCUACUAUUUUAUAGAAGUGAAGGAUUUGGAGGCCUCAGAUUACGAUAAUUUAAGGGUGUUGUUCAUCUUUGACGGCCUGGAUGAAAGCAAAUUGGAUUUCAAGGAAAACAAGGUGUUCCGCAGCGUCACGGAGCCUAACACAGUGGACGUCCUGCUAACCAAUGGGAAACUAAUGUGCAAUGCCUCGGUCUGGAUCACAAGUCGGCCAGCAGCAUCGAUGAAGAUUCCCCUCAGGUACAUCGACGUGGUGACCGAGGUCCGUGGCUUUAAUGACGAGCAGAAAGAGGAGUACUUUCAGAGGAAAGUGACCGACAAGGUUAUGGCUCAGAAGAUCUUCCAGCAUCUCCAGUCCAAGCCCCUGAGAAGUCUCUUCAUCAUGUGCCACAUCCCCGUCUUCUCUUGGAUUUCUGCCACGGUUCUCCACAACCUUCUGACAGAAAGUCACAAAGGUGAGCUUCCCAAGACGGUGACUGAGAUGUACACACACUUCCUGAUAGUCCUGAUGAAGAUGGCACAAGAGAAGGACUACCAGGACAGAGAACCAGACAGAGUGCUGAUUAUGAAACUAGGAAAGCUGGCUUUUAGGCAGCUGAAGAACGGCAACGUGAUCUUUGAUGAAGAUGCCCUAAGAGACUGUGAGAUUGACCUGAUCGAAGCCGCCGUUCAUUCAGGACUUUGUACGCAGAUCAUCAAAAAAGAGCGUGGCCUUCACAAACAUGAGAUGUAUUGUUUUAUACAUUUGAGCGUUCAGGAAUUUCUUGCAGCCCUGUACGUCUUAGAGACCUUCAUCGAUCAUGGAAAAAACCUACUUACCAGUCAGACAGGCAUGAAAAUGCCAGGAAAACUUCAGUCAAUCAUCUUCCUCCACAGGGAUGCUGUAGAUAUGGCUUUGGCCAGCGACUACGGACAGUGGGACUUGUUCCUGCGCUUCCUGCUGGGUUUAUCCCAGGAUGAAAACCAGAGGCUCAUUCAGAAAGUAUUUGGAUUCAAGGCAGGAUGUCUGCUGAGCAACAAGGAGGUGAUUAGCUACAUUCACAAGAAGAUUAAGAAGCAGACUUAUACCGAACAUAAUAUCAAUCUGUUCCACUGUCUGAGCGAGCUGGGGGACCAUUCUCUGGUAGAUCAAGUCCUGAAGUACCAGAGCUCAGGCCAUGUUAGUAAGAUCCUACCUGCACACUGGUCAGCCUUGGCCUAUAACCUGCUCAUUUCCAAUAAAGACCUGGAUCUCUUUGACUUGAGGAAGUUCUGUAAAUCAGAAGACGCUCUGGAGAGGCUGCUGCCUGUGGUCAAAGUCUCAAAGACGGCUUUGCUGACUGACUGUGGGCUCACUGACAGAGGCUGUAGCUACAUGUCAUCUGUUCUCAGCUCUAAGUCGUCUGGUCUGGAGCUAUUGGACCUGAGCAUAAAUGAUCUUGGUGACUCUGGAAUGAGACAGCUUUCUGACGGCCUGAAGAGUCCCAACUGCAAACUCCAGAGGCUCAUUUUAAAUGAAUGUAACAUCACCAUGGAGGGAUGUCGGUCUCUGGCUGAAGCUUUGACUUCAAACCCCUCACAUAUCAGAGAGCUGGAUCUCAGCAGGAAUAAAUUCCAGGACGAAGGACUGCAGCCACUUCUAGGAAUUCUUGACAGAUGCUCUUUGGAAACUCUGAGGCUGGCUCUUUGUGGGUUUUCAGAAGUCGGCUGUGCUGCUCUCGCUUCCUCUCUGGGAUCAAACCACACCCACCUCAAAGUCCUGGAUCUGGACUGGAAUGAGCUCAAAGACAACGGGGUCCACAGCCUUUCUGAGUUUUUGUCUGACUCGCUUUGUGGACUGGAGAGACUGAGUUUGAAAGACUGCAAGCUUACAGAACUCAGCUGCUCUUAUCUGGGCCAAAUCUGCUGCCCAGCGCUCAAGGAGCUGGACCUGAGCUCCAACCAGCUGGGGGAGGCGGGGGUGGAGCAUCUUUGUGAAUGGCUGGGUAAACCUCAGUGCUGUCUGGAGAUCCUGAGGUUGUCUGGGCUGUCAGAUAGAAGCUGUGAGGAUCUGGCCUUGACUCUGAAGAAGACUUCACAACUCAGAGAACUGCACCUGAAGGUGACUAGAAAAGGGGGGCCUGGUCUGGAGCAUUUGUAUAACCUAGAGGAGGACAAUCAAAACAGACUGCAGACUCUGACAGUCAGGGACUGAUCAGAUAAUCAGCCACAAGAACCAGGACCAAGAGACUCUGUUUACAAAGACCCACUACCUACUACUAUAGAGCUGUUUGGGUUUUAUCUGGCUUUUCUAAAGGAGGCAGAACGGGGGAGGGGGAGGGGGUUAAGGAUCUGCUACACUGCUAUAGUUUCUCUGUAAGCCUUCAUCCACUAUACACUAAACAACAGUCUUCUCCUCUGUGUUUGCUCUGACGCCACCUUGUGGCAAAAGUCAUGCAGCACAUCUUUGUCUUCACAGGUUAACAGCAGCUGCAGAAAUAAUGAUGCAGUUUAGAAAAAUACACCAACACUGGCAGUAAAGAGGCUAACAUAGUCAGCAGAGUACAGAAAAACGGUGUAGGGAGGGGCUACAUGUGAUCCUAGGGCCGGGCAGUCUGGUUUAAAAAUUAAAUCUGACUUUAAAAUGAAAAAUAAACUAUUCAAACAGGUUUACUUUCAUUUUAUCAAUAGGAUGUGUCAAAAGUAAAGAGAAUUUUCCUCCACAGUGAUACUCAACAUGUGGCUCUUUUAUGUCUUCAUUUUAAAUACUAUUCCCUCACUAACCUUAAAAAAGGGGAAACUUUUUUGCCACUUUUCACCCAUUUAAGCUACUUUUUGAUU